UAGAGAGAGAGAAAGAGACAAGAUGUUUCUUUAGUAAUAAAACCACUUAAAGGAACAGCGACGUUGAGGAUCCUGUACAUGGGUUUCAUUUCUGCCUGUAUUUCCCCCUGAAGCAGUUGACACAGCAGUCACAGCUGUUUAAGUUCUGCAGCUGCACAAUGUCCAACUCCUCUCUGCCUCCCUGGACUGUCAAGUCCUCCAAGGAUGAUCACACAAACGUGGAUGUKGAAGCCGUCAUGGAAAAUGUCGGCAUUGUCCUCUUCACAAUGACYGUCGUGUUUGGRAUCACAGGAAACUCUUUGGUGAUCUGGGUGGCUGGAUUCAAACUCAGGCCAAAGGUUACCAACGUGUGGCUGGUGAACCUGGCGAUAGCCGACCUCAUCUUCUGCGUCACAAGAGUUUCCUCCCUGAUCAAGAAGCUCUUCUUCGACCACUGGCCCUUUGGAGAAUAUUUCUGCAGRUUUCACGGCUUCUGUAAAUAUGCCAACAUGUUCUGCUCCGUCUUCCUGUUGGCUGUGAUCAGCUUGGACAGGAUGAUCAGUGUGUGGAGGCCCUUCUUCACAAAGCGACGCCGUACCCUGUAUGCUGCCAGGGUGGUGGCAGUCUGUGUCUGGAUCGCAGCCAUCCUCUUCAGUAGUCCCUACUUGUUCUACCGCCAAGUCCACCUGGGAGAGAACAACAUGAGCAAAUGUUCUUUUGAGGUGAAGGGGGAAGGCAGCACACUGAGAUAUGCUCUGUAUUUUAACAGGUUCCUGUGUGGCUUUGUUUUCCCCUUCAUGGUCAUUCUUAUCUGUUACAUCAUGGCUGCCAUCGGCAUCCGACGCACUCGCCUUGCRGGAAAGACACGCCCCCUGCGUAUCCUGCCAUUGCUGGUCAUUACAUUCUUCUUGUGCUGGGGUCCUUACCACUGUCUGCUCCUUGUGAAGAUGGUGGAUAAAAAUAAUGCAGUGCUGAAAAUCUGGCAUCCUUUGGCCAAUGGCUUUGCCUACUUUAACAGCUGCGUGAACCCGCUGCUGUACUUCUGCAUGGGRCUGUAUGUUAAGCCGGAGCUGGGAUUUAAUYUAACAGGAAUUUGUAAGAAAGCUCUGACUGAUACUGAUACUGAAGAACAGGUGACCCAAUCAGAUGGCUGAAAAAGCAGUGCAUCAAAAUAAAACUUUGUGUUUGUAGAAAAAACACAAGUCAAAGUGAUUCUUGUUGGUCGCUAGACUUCGGGUUCCUGAAAAUGUUGCAUACAUUCCAAAUGUAAAAUCUUUGUUAGAUAGAGUUGUACAACAUAUUCAAUUCAACUAAAUACUCUGCUCAGCAUAUCACUUUUUACCAAAACAUGUACUUCCAGUUUCUUUUAUUAUUUUUUUUUUGUGCUUGUGAUUUACAAUGAAGGGAGAAAGUCAAAGUGUCUGUUGAUGAAAGAAUGAAAAAGCAGAGGGAAGUGAAAGUUUUCAAGGAAGUUCAGUAUUAUUUAUGAUUCAGUAURUUUUGACAAAGGUCAAGAGGAGCAGAUAAAAUGAAGUAUGGAAAGYGAACUGCUUUUUUUUCUUAAGUGUUUUUCUAAGAUUUGUUUUCAUACGGUGAGCCUUGAAAUGUUGAAAUGAUGCCACUGCUGUUUGUGUCACCAUACAGAAUGACUUCUAAUCAUAUUAUGCUGCAGCAGAAUACUGAUGGUUUGUGAAACAGUAGAAUAUGUAACUUAAAGCUUUGUU